GUGCGUAUUUAAUGUGGCGCUGCACUCUGAUGUUGUAGGAGUGUUGUUAUAACAAUUAGUGUUGUUAUAACAAUUUUAUAUUUAUUUAAAGUUGCGCAUUUUGAUGUGACGUCACAUUUCUCAAACCGCCCCCCUCGUCACACAUCGUCACAAAUGUCUGAACCCCCCCUCCCAAGCUCGUGACGUCAUUUAUGGACGGCCCCUUUACAGCUUCCGUCAUUAUUUCAUUGUCAAUCCUCAAGUUCUCCGAUAGCCCUCCUCCCCUCGUCCAACCGUAUGUGAGCAGAGUUCAUCUCGUAACAGACGUCACUCCCGAGAAGACGAACCCAGACGGAUGGCAGGAACGGGGACCAAUCCGCCGCUGGAGUACAGGGGGGUGAACGUGGAGGCCGUGAUCGCCGGGACCCCCACGACCUGCAAGGUGGCCGUGGAGAUCUCCAACUACUCCAGCCGCACGCUGCACGCGCCCAUAUGGUACAUGGAAAGUGGCGCGGUGGAGUACAGCCUUCCCACCGAGAUUUUACCGAACGAGAAGCGGGCGUGCGGCUUUCGCAAGCGAAGGGUCGGCUUGUACGGCUGCACUGGAGUCCUCAUCUACCGCAUCAAGGAUUCCGACAAGUGCCUGUGCCUCAUGUUCAACAACCCGAACUCGGCCAUCUACAAACGGGAGCUCGCGGUCUCCGUGCAAGACUGGAUGCUUCAGAACACGCCGGCCCAGCUCUACGAGGAGAUGAUGAACCGAAACCUUAAAAACGAAGGCACCACGUUCUGUAGAUCCGUGGCGCAGGCAUCAGAUGUAUCAGUGAAGUGUCCCUCCGUAAUGCUCUCUGUCAACGCCAAGAUGCUCAAUGACAGCGAGUCCAUCGUGUGGCUGAAUGUUAUGGAUCAGUCUGCUCAGGCGAUGCAAAUGCAGCUUCAGAUUAAUGCCAAUUUUGGGUUGUACCCGAACUUUGGUCAGAAUCCCCAUUAUGUAUCUAAGCCUUAAAUCGAUCUUGAUUUCGUACAUAGCACGCUUCACGAAUACAGCAAAAGAGUAAUAAAUGAGCAUUCCAAAAAGGUCGAUAAUUAUACAGCAAAUAAACAAUGAAAACAUGGUAUUAAAAUGCAUUACAAUACUGGGUAAAAUCAUAACAAUAGUGAACAAGCGUACCGUACAUGUGACUUUGAACUAAGAGCCAAACGGGAGGCGCAACAUAAUUCACAUGUAGAGUAUACUCUGGAUUAUCUGCAUGCGGUUUAUCAGAUUUGCAGAUUAACCAUCUACCUGAGACUUGACACAAAUUAAUAACUCAUGGAUUUUCCACUAAGCCCAAAUUAAUAAUCUAAAAGUCAGUUAAACAUUGUUAUUCUUGGAAUGUUAAUUACAAGUGGCGUGCUUAAACCGAGCAAGUAUAUUGCUCUGGUUAAUCCGAAAUCCACGAGAUCGCCCCUACAGUACAGUAGUUGCCAUAUUUUUACAACAGUGGGGCGGAGUUUGGUUGAUGUUGAUUGGCGUGGCUCUGCUGCUAUCCACUUAGUGGGCAGAGUCUUCUACUGAGCGGAAGCAGGAAAUAAUUUGUAUCGCUGAGCACGCGCAUCAUCGUUUGGUCGAUCGUUAGUAUUCGUUCUUAAUUUUCCCUACAUUAGAGGUUUUUGGCAUAGAGAACCGCGGAAAAGCGUUAUAUUUUUGGAUUCUCCGGGAUUUUAAAUUAUCCACGGCCAUCCUCAUGUGUGGAUAAUUAAGAAUCUACUGUAUUAUCUACCAUACAUAUUUGAAUUGAUAAAAUUUAAAACAAUGUUUUAUUUGUAAUAGCAAAUUAUUAAAUGUCACAGUUUGUAAACGAAUUUUAAAUCAUAACAGCGGGGGCGUGAUUUUUUUUUGUUCGGGAAUAAGGGCGCAAUGUGCCGAGUCUGUGACCUGGUUCAUGAUAUAUUCCUUCAAUUCCCGAGUUAAAGGUUAAUGCUGUGUUAUGUGCGCAGAUAAAUGCGCGGAAAUUGGCAAAAUAAAUGUGCAGACAGGCCUCAGGCCUACUUGAUCACACACACCGCUAAUAGUUCGCCUGGGCCUAGUUUACUUUUUCCCUCCGCCCGUACCUCCGAUUAGCACAGUUGGCUACAUAUGGUGCGAAAGAAGUUCAACAUACGUACAUAGAUGAUUGUACACUUUGUUGGGUUUUGUUUUGAUAUUGACACAUUUGUGGAUGGGCUUCGGUCCCAGUCGAGAGUACGCAUGACCACGCCUGAGUUCAGGCCUAGUUGCAUAUGGCCGAGCUCGGGUUAAGUUGGCUGCGCACAUAAUCGGGCCUUAGUUGGGCCUCGUGUGGUUUCAAUGUUACAUUAUUAAUUUGGUUUGAGUGUCUGUUACAUUGUUGAAUAUAUUUUAAAACACAGUAGCGCUUAUGGGCGAUAGCAUUGGUGUUUGAAGGUUUUCUAUUGUGGAUUAGCAUCUCUUUAACAAAAGCGCUUGAGUCCUUAUUAAUGGCCACUCACAGAUUAUGCUUAAUAUUACGAUUUCUACUUCGUCAUUAUACGAUGGGCGAAUAUAUAUGUGGGUACUCGGGACAUUAUAUUUUAGUGGAUGCUAUAUCAAUGGCAGUUAAUGUUGCGUUCGUAAUUGUCGAUAUACAUGCAGAGGCACGUGUGAGGUGACGAGAGGGAGCGAGGACGAAGUAUGCCACGUGCCCGCGAGUCGUGAGACGAUCCGACGACACGAAGCCGAACCUCGUCUGUAGUCGUCAGUCUCUGUGGAAUGUGCAAAGGUGUAAAAUGUACGGUGUUUUGGAGAGGGGGUAAAAAAAACCCAACAACAAUUUUCUGCUUUUAUAAGAGAAGAAAAAAACCCCAGUGAAUGUGCUCUUUUUAUUAAAAAUAAAAUUUCUAUUUGCAUGUUAAACUUCUUUCGCACCACCGUACUCAUCGGAGAUGCGGGGGAAGGACAACAAACUAAACAACAACAAGCAGUUCUAAAGAAACGAGUUUGUCAAUCUAGAUUAUGAUUUAAAAGUGCACAGCUCCUAGUGGCUUCCUAAUAUCGUAAGAGCGUUCCAGACGGACGCAAAAGUGCAUCUGAAGCGCCGCGCGAUGCGCUUGUGGACUCUUAAUUUAAGAGUACGUGCAACCUAAAUGGGACAAAACCCAACCUUUUCUAUAACUUCUGUGAAACAUCAUUCCUGCUGCACGACAAUUUUGAUUAUGGUUAUUUCACGUAUUAUUGGCACGUCGUUCGAAUACGUUGGGUUUCUGGUUAUUGUUUGGGGGGUUUCGUUGAUUAAAACUCUCUCAAAAUCUUAAAA